AUGUCGUGGCGCGGUCAAGGCAUCACUGGUAGCAACAACAUUCCUCUGGGUAACCGUCGCAGGUUCGGAGGCGAAGAUGGCUCACCUCCCGUCGAGGAGAGCUACAGCAGCGGCCCCGUCGAAGGCGAGAGCCUCAAGCGCGGUCGCAGCCCUGUCAGAGAGCUGAACCCCGACGGCACCAAGAAGAGAAAGAAGCGCAACCGAUGGGGUGACGCGACUGACAACAAGGCCGCUGGUCUGAUGAACUUGCCCACCGCCGUCCUCGGCAACAUGACAAGCGAGCAGCUCGACGCCUACACACUGCACUUGCGUAUUGAGGAGAUCAGCCAGAAGCUGAGGAUCAACGACGUUGUCCCAGCCGACGGUGACAGAUCACCCUCUCCGCCUCCGCAGUACGACAACUUCGGUCGUCGUGUCAACACCCGCGAGUACCGCUACAAGAAGCGUCUCGAAGAAGAGCGCCACAAGUUGGUCGAGAAGGCCAUGAAGACCAUCCCUGGCUACCACCCUCCCUCUGACUACAGACGUCCCACAAAGACCCAGGAAAAGGUCUAUGUGCCUGUCAACGACUAUCCAGAAAUUAACUUCAUUGGUCUACUCAUUGGUCCUCGUGGCAACACCCUGAAGAAGAUGGAAACAGAGUCUGGCGCAAAGAUUGCCAUCAGAGGCAAGGGUUCCGUCAAGGAAGGAAAGGGCCGCUCUGACGCCGCCCACACCAGCAACCAGGAAGAAGACUUGCACUGUCUCAUCAUGGCCGACACCGAAGACAAGGUCGUCAAAGCCAAGCAAUUGAUCCACAAUGUCAUCGAGACGGCUGCGUCCAUUCCCGAAGGCCAGAACGAGCUCAAGCGCAACCAACUACGUGAGCUCGCAGCUCUCAACGGUACUCUUCGUGACGACGAGAACCAGGCAUGCCAGAACUGUGGCCAGAUUGGACACCGCAAGUACGACUGCCCCGAGCAGCGCAACUUUACCGCAAACAUCAUUUGUCGCGUCUGUGGCAACGCUGGUCACAUGGCCAGAGAUUGUCCCGACAGACAGCGCGGACAAGAUUGGCGCAACUCGGACCGCGGCGCUCCCGGAGCUCCUGGCCGCCCUGCCGGCGCACUCGAACCCGCAGACACCGAGUUCAAUAAUCUCAUGCAAGAACUGGGGGCUGGUGGCGCCAUCACUGGAAGCGCAGCUCCUGCUCGCAUCGAAGCUAGUGGAUAUGGCGAUGAUCGUAAUGCAUCUAAACCAUGGGCUCGCGGACCCACGGGUGCGGCUGCCCCAUGGAGCAAUGGUGGAGGUCGCGAGCGUGACAAUGGUAGCUCUGGGGGACCUGCACCAUGGGCAGCUGGAGGCUCUGGUGGAGGGCGCGCAAAUGACGGCUACGGAGGAGGCUACAGCGGUGGGCACUCUUCAGCAGCUCCAUGGCAGCAACAGCAAAGCCAUGCAGCACCUCAACAAGGAGGAUAUGGUGGCUAUGGUGGCUACAAUUAUGGCGGAGCGCCCGGCUACGAUCAGGCAUACGGGCAACAGGCUUCAGCACCCGGAAUGGCACCAUGGCAACAACAAGCAUAUGGUGCGCAGGCAGGCAGUCCUCCCCCACCUCCUCCGGCUGGCGAUGCUCCUCCCCCUCCGCCACCCCCAUCUGAGAACCCUCCUCCCCCUCCCCCA